GCGUAUGUAUGUAUAUAUUAUUUUAUUUUUUUAAGAAGAAGAAUGAAACAUAAAUAAUGAUGAACACCAAAAUAAAAUAGUUAAAUAUUUUUUGAGUAAUCCCCUAAUCUAUAAAGGAGGGUCAAAAUAACAAUUUUCACCUGCGAUUUGGAGUCACAAUAAUUUUUAGUUUAGCCUUUCACGUCACAUUUUGAUUGGCACAUUUGACACAUUAACCUAUACAUUGAACUUCCCUCAUCACAAAGAACGUGACUCUACUGAGCAUGCUAAAAGUAUGUUAAUGUAUGUUUUGUUUUUCAUGUUUAAAGGCUAGAUAAUUGUUCGUAGUUAGUUGAUUAUUUCACAGCUGAUUCAAGCUGUUCUGAUUUACCAUAAAAAUACACCGUUUUUAAGUCAGUAUGAUUGUGUGUUUUAUAGUAAAGCAGAUACAGUUAUAUUUGAAGGUGCUUGUCUGUAUUUAUGGUAAAUACGAUACAAUUGCACAUAUGUGACCCUGGACGACAAAACCAGUCUUAAGUGUCAAUUUUUCGAAAUUGAGAUUUAUACAUCAUCUGAAAGCUGAUAAGCUUCCCGUUGAUGUAUGGUUUGUUAUGAUCGGACAAUAUUUGGCCGAGAUACAACUAUUUGAAAAUCUGGAAUCUGAGGGUGCAAAAAAAAUCAAAAUAUUGAGAAAAACGCCUUUAAAGUUGUCCAAAUUAAGUUCUUAGCAAUGCAUAUUACUGAUCACAAAUUAAGUUUUGAUACAUUUACGAUGAGAAAUUUACAAAAUAUCUUCAUGGAACAUGAUCUUUACUUAAUAUCCUAAUGAGUUUUGACCCAUACAAUGUAUUUUUGCCUAUUGCUACAAAUAUACCCCAGCGACUUAAGACUGGUUUUGUAGUCCAGGGUCACAUAUAAUACUUAUUUAUAUCUGUGGUCUAAAACAUGUUUAUAUCAUGGAUAUUUGGUUAAUUUUUUUUUUUUUUAAAUAUGCUAGACAAGGCAGUUUCCCUUUUUGUUUGACGUAGUAAUAUUAUUCAGUGCUCUGCCAUCUGUAAGUUGCUUGGUUGCUUUAAGUUUAAUAUUUGUAGUAAUUACAGGUUUGUUUACACCUGACAAAUGCGUGAAUGGGCUUCUUCAUCGCCUUCUCUUCAGACAGACUUCAGACUCUUCUGAGCUUCCAUCUGGUUUAGCAGCUUUCAGGAUAUUGAUUAUUCAGUAAGGUCUCACACACCCUUGCAAAAAAAAUAACAACACUUCAUUUGUGAAAGAGCCCUUGAAUAAAUAUAAUAAUGUUUUGACUUAUGAAAAUUAUGCACAGUUUGUGCAAUACUUUUACAAAAAAUGCUGGGUGGAAAGAAUAAUGCUUGUAGCAUUAAUUUUAUGUGGUUGUGAAUAAACUUGCACAACAGUCACCACCAGAGAUGAGAUAAAAAUAACGAAAACACAUAUCAGGCUGAUACAGGGUGUGUCUAGAGCAUUUUAAGUAGGGGCCAGCAGCACUUGUAUCAUCCUAUAGUUUAAUAUAGCUCAGCAUAUGAAGUAUUCAAGACCAAAGAUGUCCUGCACCAUUCUGUAUCCACUGCUGCUGCUUCUGUUCAGCUGUGACUGUAUUGCUGAGAAUGAAGUGCAGGCUGAGGGGACUGAGCAUUUGAAUGUGAAAAAAAGAGGUGCUGUUUUGACUCCUGGUGAGUUCCAGCCACACAUUAUCACAGGGAUCCAGUCUGAGCUGGCACAGCUGAAAUCUACUGUGAGUUCUCUGAGGAACAGACUGCAGAUCACAGAGGAAGUGCUGAAACAACUCAGGAGAAAUGAAUAUAAAGUGGCAUUUGGCGCCACACUUGGAUCAACUGAUAACUUUGGACCCUUCAACACUCCAGUCACACUGGUUUACAAUAAUGUUUAUGUGAAUGAGGGAAGAGCUUACAACCCAAACACCGGUAUCUUCACAGCACCUGUAAAAGGGGCCUAUUACUUCAGUUUCUCUGGACAUAACCGCUCCUCAAAAGUUCUGAAUUUAGGACUCUUUAAAAAUGGAGAACAGAUGGUUAUUCUUUUCAAUCAUCCUCUAGGUAACCGCUAUGAAUCAACAGCUAAUUCAAUCUCUUUGACUCUUGAGAAAGGAGAUCAUGUCUAUGUGCGUCUCCGUGAGACUUCAUGGGUUUUUGAUAAUUACAGUCACCACAAUUCAUUUGUUGGCCAUUUACUUUUCCCUCUUUGAAUCUUACUAAAUUCAUGAAGCUCAAAGUCACAACUAAUAUGUAUUUUUGCUUGCAAGACUAAUUUUUAUUCUGGUAUGUUUUCAUAUGCAUAAGAAAUACACUUUUAAAUAGGCCUGGUGAAAGUUAGUGUGGUAAAACAAUUGAUGUAGAACGAACAAGUACUAGACUGCUGUCUGAAUUUUAAUAUUUAAACCUUUUAACUUAAGCAACAAGCUGAGCUAAUAAAAUUUCAAAAUUCACUUCUGCCUUGUAACAAAGAAGCUGAAUUUCUAAACUGUGUAUAUUAGGAGCCAGUUAUAUUACAGAAAAAUAAUAUAGGCCUAAACAUGCUAUCUUUCCUCAUGUACCUAUCCUAUAUAAACUGCUGUAACCUUUUGCCGGUGAGUUUUCUCUGUGACGUGUGAGAUACUCCCGGUCAUGAAUAAAGCAUAUCAA